GCGUAGGCGAACAUUUGGAUGCUUUCUGAUUGAUGUUCAACCAGAAUAUAAAGCACGUUGCUCGGUUUUUAAAGGAAGAAGUCACAAGCGACUUGUCACUACAGGGGCGCAGCAACGUUCACGGUUGUCUUUCGCUGACCCACCACCUUUGCGAAAAGCGCAGGAAAGCCGUUACACGCAACUCGACCCAUUUGCAACUGUACAUGUUUGCUCUUCUCUCUACACCAUAAAACGAACCUUGGUCCUAGGGUGGGCUGACCUUGGAUGCAGGCCCCCAACCUCCAGCAAAAAUCACCGCAGACGCCUGGUUGCAUGAAGCGUGGAUACAUGGAAACGCAAAGAAGAAAAAGGAUCGGAUCAAUACCCGAGGCAAAAAGUGUAAGAACCUGCAGCUCUUCUGUGUUCACCGUUUCCCAGAGGCCGUCUGUCGGCGAGGACCGUUAGGUACACGUCGGAAAAAAAGUCAAGUCGGCAGAUCUGUGGACCGACUAAAAAACGCUGCUGACAUUUUGAUGAAGCAUGCACUUCAGAAAAGCGAGAAGCAGUCCAAAAAGGAUUUCAUUGUGCUCGUACCUAUACCGGUGCCCGCUGCGGGGACAUGUGUGAGAUGGAUAUUAAGAAAUCCUUUUCACUGUAGGAAGCUCGCUGUGGGUUCUCGUUUUCACGACUCAGACGGGGUUUUAGGUUCUUUCUCGGCUGGUGUGUUACUGGGAUCGUGGUGCUUGCAGUGGUUUAUUCCUCGUUCGCUGUCGCAUUUUUGCCCACAAGUCCCGUGUGCUCUUUCGGCGUCUGACGAGCUGUCGCUAUCGCUGUCACUCGAAGACUCCCCGAAGUCUCGCCGCUUGUGAAAAAUGCAGCACUUUUUACUCUUCUUCUUGUUCAUGUUUUCGUUGUCAAUUGCAGCCUUAUCCCAACUGACACGACGCUCCGAAACGGUCACAGUCGUAUCCGGAGUCGGGGACCCGAGCAAGCCGCUCGGAUUCUCUACAAUAUGCACCACAGCCGUGGGCAGCACGGUGGUUGUCGUGCUGCCCCUCGACCCUGUGUGGGUACGGGCCGCCAUGGAAAUGAGAAAGAAAGAAGUCCUUCAGGGACUGCUGCCGAAUGAGUCGACAGAGACCUUUCAAAAAAAGAAAUGUUAUCAAACAACAACGCAAAGCGCAAGCAGCGUGCAAAGGCCCCAACGCAGCGUGCUCUCGGAACUCUGGAGAUCGACCUCAAUAUCAGUGCUACAGAAAUACACAGCAAUCCACGCGUUGAUCCUUACUCUUGCCUACGCACGGACUGUUAACCAUGCAAACCUCUCUUUUGGAGACAGGACAAGAGAUGAAGCAUGCUGGUGUACAAAGCUUGCGUUCACGAGGGGAGGUGUACGGCAGUUUCGGAUGGCGAAACCUAGCUCUUGGCAGAAGCGUGAAAUCGAAAAAACGAAGGCCGCGCGUGCAUUGCCUGCUUCCUCAAAGCGCCUGAAGCCAACGGAACGAGCAAAAAGAACGGUAAAGACUCAGCCAUUCACACACUCAGCUGAGUUGUUGGAGAGACGAUGGAACGAUUGCACGGCGCCCGAGAAAGAGAACUUUGCUCCUUUCUCCGCUAGAUAUUCAGUCAAUUCAUGCUUCCACGUGUUCGAGACAAUUCAUCGCACAAAAGCGGGGGUUUGCCAACUUAACGCAGACGGGAGAAAAGACUAUUUCGGGAGGGACUCGAUAGCACUGGCUUGAUCCCAGGGGAGACGAGCUGGUUCGCGCUUCUGUAGGAAACAGCUAACCAAGAUAAAAGCUGUUCAUCCUUCUCCCGAAAGAAAGGCCGAAAAUCCCACAGAAAAUGCCAGCGCAGAGACGCGACAAGAGCGACAAGAAGCGAUGAAAUGUUCAGAGAGUUUUUUCUCCCUUCCUGCCCAGGCACAGUGACGGCAUCCAGCAAGCCCCAACCCGGUGGGCAAAAACCAAGAGACAGCAAUGGUUGCAUGCACGCAAUUCCAAAAAAAAGGAAGAGAUAAAAUCUGCUCGUGGCAGCGAAGUCUCUCGCAGUUUCGCAACCUCUCGAUCGCUGAAAGCCUUCACACUGAUCAGGCAACUCCACACGCUGCCCUGAGGAUUCUUUUUCGGGGGCUUGCCGUUUUGCAGGGCGGGACAGGCUGCAUCACAGUGUGCUGGUGUCUGCUUUUCUUUUUCACUUUACAAAGAAUGUUCUUCCGAGGUUUGGACGGUGCGGUUAGCCGCUGCACCUCUACGCAUUCCGAUCCUGUGAGGACGAAAACACUUCGUUUUUCGUGAGGGAACUGAUGGACUGCACCAAACGGUAUGUUUUAGAAGGGGAAAACGGUAGGCGGUUUCUCAACGUGAAGCCUUUGAACAGGUCAAAGUUUCCGAUUGUGGAGUCGGUGACUUCCGCGCACGGUUUGUAGAGCUGUGAACACGAGAAGGGGAGAAGAGAGAAAUACGGCGGUGCAAGCUUUGAGCAGCAGACAAAAACACAGGUCGAAGUGGUGGAAAUCCAUGCCGCCGCCGCGCGCUAACCUCUGCUGUAGCGCUACUUUUUGGAGUCCAGACUCACGCUAAAGUUCUAUUUUUGCUGCGAUAAAAGAAUUGGACCGAAGGAUUCCGUGUGAGGAACGGGGUGUAAGGAGCUCAUGCGUUUAUUCGAUUUGAGGUAUACAGUUCUGGAUUUAUGAUAAUUGUAAAUGCUAGUCAGCUGACCGAGUUGAACAGAAAGGUGAAGAAACAUCAGCGGUUAUCCCAGGAAACUGCGUGUCACGUCUCCAAGUUUUCUGACAUUAUGUUCACGUACAAGGCUGGCGGUUGUGGAUGAGCGCUGGAACAAAGGACAAAGCCUUUCUAGGUGAGUGUAAACCUGCUAGCGAAAUUGGGAGACACGUCAGAUCUAGGAUAAAUCAUGUGUCGUCUUUCCUUCACUUCUAGGACGAAAAGUGUAGCCGGGCAUAUUUACUUUCUCAGGGACAUUUUCAAAUGUUUACCAGUCUAUCGUUUCAGGAGCACUCACAACGGUAAGCGAGUCUCACUUUAAGCGGUGCCCCCCUUGCUGAAUGGAUAUCAUCUAAAUCGUUGAAGCUGCACAUACCCGUGGUUGCCGGAGAGGAGUCUUUCACAACUUAGCUGUGGAAGAAGAAGGAGAAUCCUGAUGGGAAAAAGGAAAAGGUCGCGUAUUUGCUUAGGAUGCAUCCCAGUUUACAAAACUCGCAUAACACGUGACGGAACCGGUAUUCUGAUCAUUUAGAUUGAACAACGAAGUACCGGGGGACUCCGGAAACACCCUGUGCCUCUCUGUAGAUUUCUCUCUUCCAAUAUAACCGGAGAGCGAGGGUGCGAAGGGAAAUCUCUGAGAAAUUUGUGCUUCUCGCUUUCUCGGUGCAGCCUAGGAGGCUUUUCCCCCCAUGGAAUGCACCAUCUCGAGAGUGAGGACAUAUGUUACAUGUGGGAGAGGAGUCUACCGAGAACGCAUCUUCCCUACAAAUGAGAAUUUCUGAGGCAGAACCAAGAAGCCUUCACAGGCACAGAAAUGUCGACACUUCAACUGCACAUGCCCGUGUCGAUCAGAUCGGUCAACGGAUUUGCUCACCGUCGGCUUUGUUUCUGCAGUUGAAUCCGCGCUUCCGAGUCUAAGAUCUAAAGAUGUGACACACCAUGCAGCUUCCAGAAAACGGAAUCGUAAUACUCUCACAAGGUGAAGAAGCUCUCUUCACACGGAAAGAUUCAGAGGACUCAGCCAUAUUUUUUUAGACGCGAACUUCCUGGCCCAUUGCUUGUUCAGGUGUGAAGGCUUGGCACUUCUCACCAGGACUGCUGCUUCCCACUCGGUUCGUGAAGAAGAUUGUUGCGGAUGGUGUUCUGUGGCGGUUUCUCGCUUUAGCUUGCAGAUCCCCGAACAGGAGAAGACACUGCACUCAACAGAAAAGAGCGGGGCUCGGGAUUGGCAAAAUAGUGUCUGCAGAGAUGGUGAAACACAGGAGUGAUGCCUUUCCGAUUUCUCGACUUUGGACCCGUGUACACUCGAUUUGUCGCACCUUCGAUACCGAAAUACUGCAAUCUCUGUCACACCACAGAGCAACUGUGCCUUCGCGGGGUUUUCAGAAAGAAAUCAACCGCAACAGGGUACACAAACCCUGUGUACUCUGCAGCGUACUUUCGUCUGUUUUAUCGUCUUCUGAACAUUCCUGCUUUGCAUAUACUACGGUCAGGCAGGAUUACAGGCCUCGCGCCACUGCUUUCGCUGAUUUACCUUGUACUGGUUUUCUGCACUUUUCCCGUGGGAGUUUGUGUCUUGCGGCUGCGGAGGCGCGGAAGUGCCCUCCGGAGAAAGAGACGCACUGCCUUUUCAACUGCGCUUUCUUUACGACGUCUAGUCAAAAAGCUCCGCUAAAGACGGACUCUUUUCUCAGUUCUCCCUCUGCUUUUUUCCUUCCCCCUUCUCCGCAUCCCAGAGCUGCUUCGUUCUGCUGCGAUCCGGCGCUGUCUCCACCGUUUGUCUUUCGCUGUUUCGCACUUUCUCCCGCCUUCCUUUCCCGCUCUGUCUCGUGCAUUUCCCGUAAUCCACCGAGAGAAAAGAAGCGGGUAAAAUGCGCAGACAAAACCAACUUGUGCACUUUUUGACGCGCCUGGCAAACUGUGACCGCUCGCGGCGUUUCUCCUCGACUGCCAGUCUUCUUUACGCCGACAGCCAAGAGUGAGAGGCGGGCGUCGUCGCCUCCUGCCGCCUCCUCCGGUCUGGGUCCUUUCCGGCUGCGCUACGCCGUGGCGGAUAUCCUCUUUUCCUGAGUUGCCAGAAUCUACAGGAACGGACGCCUUUUCCGUUUCUCUGCGUCACCAGCGGCGCGUCCGCGAACUUGCGCCCUGGCUUCCAAUUUGCACUUUUUCUCGAGGCGCCGCAAGGUGGACACAGACGUCGUGGAGGACGGGCGCGCGUGCCGUCUUCUGUUCGGACCUUAAAACUGUCAAGUCACUUUUCUUUUUCGUUCCACCUGCGAUGGCGUUGCCGGCCUUCGAGGGCGUGAGCCCCUGUGUUGGAGGCCACCGUCGUGUGUCUCCGUCAGGUUCUUCUGUUCGUUCUUUGUCACACUCGUCGCGCCUCGGCUGUUUCUUCUUCGCGUUCUGUUUCCUCUCCGUCUCUCUCUUCUCGCCGCUGGGAGCCAAGGCACAGGUGGUGGGCCUCGACCUCGGCUCCGAGUUCGUCAAGGUAGCUCUGGUGGCAGCCGGCCGUCCAAUUGAAAUUCUGCUGAACCCAGCGAGCAAGCGAAAGACGAACAACGCAGUCUCUUUCGCAGAUGAGGAGAAGCGCGAACUGGGAGACGAAGGCGCAGCUCAGGCGGCGAAGAAGCCGGACCGCGUCUUCCUUCAUCCGAAUCUUCUUCUGGGGGUGAACGCAACGGACUUCGGUCUCGUCGACGUCACCGCAGACCCCGACUCUGCCUUUCUCCCGCUGGCACUCAAGGAGAAACUGCUGCCCAGCGGCUACCCUCAUGACUACUAUCCGUAUCGGUUGUUCAUGGACAGGCGUCGCCACAGCGUCGCAGUCCUCGCGAAAGACGGAGUGUACCUGCCUGCUGAGUUGCUGACGGCCAGCAUGCUGGCCUUCGUCAAGAAACUGGCUACACAGGCCGCGGGGGUCGAUAACGAGAAGACGCUCGGGUGCGUCAUUUCUGUACCAUGCAGAUACACCCAGCGGCAGAGACAGGCGCUCCGCGACGCGGUCGAGAUCGCGGGCAUGCAUGCAGUGGCUUUCCACCAUCACUCGGUGACGGCCGCGGUCCAGCAUGCACUGGAUUUGCCGACAAACACGACGGCGACGAAGCUCUUUUACGACGUCGGCAGUUCGACGAUCGACGUCGGCGUCGUCCGCUUCGCGCCAGUGCAGCUGCCCUCUAAGAAGGAGGUUCUCCAGGUUCAGUUGCUUGCCUGCGAGAGCAUGUCUGGCGCGGGCGGCCACCAUGUGGACUUGGCCAUUGCGGAGAAGAUGCGCGGGGCCUUCGAGAGGCGCCACGGCGCCGGGAAGAGCCUCCUGGGCGUUCCGCGGGCGCUGAAGAAGCUGGUGAAGCAAGCCGUGAUGGCCAAACAUGUCCUGAGUGCGAACAAGCAGACGCAGUUCCGCGUCGAAGGUCUCCACAACGACGUGGACUUUCACGAGCCUUUCGAGCGCAUGCACCUGGAGGCGCUGCUCGAGGAAAAGGGGAUGCUCGCGAAGCUGAAGGCGUCGCUGGACGCGACGCUGAGUCACGCAGGUCUGGACCUGAACGACGUCGACCAAGUCGAGCUUCUCGGCGGCGCCAGCCGUGUGCCGCGAGUUCAACAGGAACUCGGCGCUCUGAUGGGGGCGAAGGACGUCGGAACGCACUUGAACGGCGACGAAGCGAUGGCGACAGGAGCUGCUUUCAUCGCCGCAAACAGCACCGCGACCUUCCGCGUAAAGCAGCUGCUCCUGCAAGACAUCACGCCCUACGAGUACUUGGUGAAGAUCGACGCAGUCGCCGAGGAAGACGACCCCGACGCCGGAGUGAGGCGGGGGGACCGCGUAAAGAAGACCAAAGUGUUGGUGGGCCGUCAUGCGCGGUUUGCGCAGGGGAGCAGAACGGUGAGUCUGCGGACGACGCAGGACUUCCAGGUCGAACUCUUCGAAGACGACGCGUCGCUUUUGAAACUCGCGGUCACGGGCGUCGCGGAGGCUGCGAAGAAGCUCGAGGAGGAGGCGCAGAAGAAGGCUGAGGCCGAGUCGAAGACGGAGAAGAACGGAGAAGUCGAAAGCGAGACGCCAGAGAGGCGUCUGCCAAAGGCCAACCUCGUCUUCAAAGUCGACGGCGCAGGUGUCUUGUCGUUCGACCGAGCGUACUUGACCCAGGACUACUUCGUGUACGUCCCUCUGCCGUCGACGACAACCAAGGCGACGACCACAAAAGAGUCGGAGGGUGAAGAGACGAGCACCACAACUCCGGCGCCGGCAGCCAAGUUCAAACGCCUCACCAAGCAGGUCUCUGACGCGCUCGCAGUUGAGGAGACGCAGACGCUGCCUCUGCCUCUGACGUCCGAAGAGCGCAACGCGCUGAGGAAGCAGCUGCAGGAGAUGGAGGCUGCAGACUUGCGGGUGCACAAACUGGCUGAGGCGAUGAAUCGCCUCGAGGCUUCGAUCUACGCGGCGAGGGGCCUUCUCGCUGAGGAGACCGUGGAGCGCGUGAGUCUCCCUGAGACUCGGGAGGAACUGAGGAAGCAGCUGGAGGCGGACGAAGAGUGGAUCUACGACAGCGCGAAGGCUGAAGGCAUCGAGGCGGUGAAGAAGAAGCUCGUGGCGCUCGAAAGCGUCGUGGAGCCGAUGAAGAAACGCGCGGAGGAGUUGGAAGCUCGCCCGAAGGCGAUUGAGAAGAUGGAGAAGGCGCUGGUCGACCUCGUCUCGCGGCUCGAGCAGAUCGCCACAAAGAGGCCGUGGGUAUCAGAGGAGAAGCUCGCGAGCGUCCGCGCGUUCGGCCAAGACGUCGACGCCUGGUGGAGAGAAAAACUCGCGAGUCAACAAAGCAAACUUGACACGGAGGACCCUGUUUUCACGAAGGCAGAAGUUCUCGCGAAAGUAAAAGAACUUGGCGCAGCUGUCAAGGCCCUCGAAAACAUCCCCAGACCGACAACCACGACAACGACCUCCCCUGGGGAAGGAAAGGAGCCAGGAGAACAGAAACAGGAAGAGAAGACUGAGGAGAAGAAACAGGAAGAGAAGAAUGAGGAGAAGAAGGAGGAAGAGAAGAAUGAGGAGAAGAAGGAAGAGAAGGUAGAGGAGGAGCACAAGAACAGAGAAGAGCUGUGAAGACACUAGGAUUUGUCUGAGAACAGAACCUGUGGAUGGUAAAUAGACGGAAUCUGUACGCGGAGUUCGUGAAAGGUGAAUCACGAUAAGAACGCGAGUGGCGAUCUCGAACGGAGGCGACGCCUGAGGCAUGCAUGCGUCUCCACCGAACCCGGUCGAUUUGUGUUUUAUCUGGAAAGGCUGUGAACGAGAAGCAAGAGAAGCCGUUUGUCCUCUGUUCCAGUGUUAGAAAAGAGACAAGGCGUCGCCGAACUGCCGGAGAAGGACCGAGUUCAGGAGAAUGAGUGCAUGCACUAGGUGCAGAAACGGUUGUCGAUUUGUUUGAAAAUGUCGUGGUUACUCUCUCCCUUCUUCCUUCUCGGAUCGAAGUCUCGGCAGUGACAAGCGCCUUCCGUUCUGUCUCCGGUGUCUCCCCGGGGAGUUUCUCCGGGAAACAACUUGACCCUGAAGUUUGAAUUCGAACGCAGGAAAUUCCUCUCGACUUUCGUGCUUAUGUGGAAAGUGCACCGCACAUGCAUCACUUUUGGUGGAUCCUUCGUUUUCGGCCCAGGCCUUCAGGUCACAAAUUCAGCUGUAUCGGAUUCGCCUGCCUCCCGUCCGAGCUGCUGUCUGCGAAAGCUUUUCUGCCCACUCUGUGCUUCUCUGUCGUGAGAAACACCAGUUAACUGCUCUCGUCCUUUUUCCCGCUACUUCUCCCUCCUUGCUGUGUUUUCUCUUUCUUUAUCUCUUCCUCUAUAUCGCUCUCUUCUCUCUCUCCCGCUGUCUUUCUCUGCUCUCUUCUCUAUCUCUCUCGUCUUCUCUGUCUCUCCCGCUUUCUUUCUCGUCACCUCUUGAACUGCGAGUUACAGAGCUGUUGUGCAUUUGGUUUCUCUGCUCGCCUUCCCGCAGUUUUUCAAGAUGUCAGGAUGUCACGAAGCAUCGCAUUUUCAGGCGCAAGCAAGCCUGAAACGGAGCUUGAAAAAAGGCGUCGGUGCCCCCGAUAGGCGUAUUCAAAAAAACCGUGGCGACGAGACGUCAGAAAAAAGGAAACACUUGGAAACUAUUCAGAAACAAUCAGUUUCUUCUUAGCAGAAACGAGAAUCGAGUUUCCCAGCCACGGAACCCAAGCUCGCUCGAAAGUUAAAUGCACAAACAGACAAACACAUGCAU